CUGACUGACACGGGAAGAUAUGGUUACUUUAUGAGAGUGCGAUCAUUUUCACGUACAGUUGCGGGAACCGGGCGCCUCCGGACACGAUUUGUAUUGGUUGUUCGGCCCUCCUCAGUUGCAACUCCGGGACCGGGCUUCUCUGAACAACGAAGGAUUCUUGAUUCGGGGCUACCUGCGUGAAGCAAUCUGCAUACACACGACAGAAAGAAGACCAAUCAAAGUUCUAACUUAUAUAACCAUCCACUGAUCUGAAUCUCAAGCCUGUCAGAAAAAUCGGGUUAAGGUUUCCACUAGCUGCUGUCACCACCCAGGCCACGCAAUGCUUUGAAGUCAACCAAACUAGACACUUCAGGGGCCUGCGUAAGUUCUCCUAUCUGUGCGUGAAUAACUCUCUGUUGUAUUCUGUCUUUUCACAUCAAUUCAGUUCUCGAAUGCAUACAACGUUGGUUUUAUUACUACAGAAACCUACCCCUGUUCCCCUAAGACUAACACCUACUCCUGCUGUCUCGCGAACCUGCUCUGGAACGGGGGACAGCCAUUACAUCAAUCGAGAGAGCAUCAUCAAGGUAAUUGACGGCUUCUGCGACGAAGCCGCAGAGCAGGGAACGCUCGAUAAAGAUUCAGGCUCGAUAGCGCGGACGUACAACAAAGAUACUCCUGAAGAAGUUAACAUCUCAAUGGAUUACUCGCCCGGGUUGGACUGGCACCCAAUGAAGGACAAAUGCGUCGAGCAAAUGAUGAUUGUUACCGACAACUGCGACACAUUCAGCAACCACUGGAAAGGCGGCGGUUCCCGCAAAGACACGGACGUCACAUACCGCUGGUCCCCUGCCAAAUCCCGUUCUGUCCCCGUCGAGCAGGCCACCGUCUGGGGUGGAUGCGACGGAACCACAGGAGGCAGCUACACGAUCUGGGGCGCGCACUGGGCCACCGACGAUCACGGCAACGAACUCAUCAAUAAUAUCAAAGGUAAAGGCAUCAGUCCUACGAGGUGGGAAUUCCACUAUGGCGGUGGAGACGAUCAUCGCGAAUGGACUGCCAAGUUCCAGACUAUUAUUCAUGCUUGGCCGCAGGUUGAGGCGUCGAUGGAGAGCGUUGGGGGGUGGGGUUUGGAUAUUGGGUGUCAUAUCCAUUAGAAUUGGGGGUAGGUGUUUGAGGGGUGGGAUUGAGAACGAGGGGGGAUUUUGUUUUCUUCUGCUAUUUGAUAUCCUUGUUUUCUUUGCUUUUCUGCUGAUCGGAUAUGGCUUUACAGAAUUGGAUACCCGAAUAUAUACAUACAUUCCGCGCAUUAGUGACGCUAAACAUAUUUUAUAUGAGGAGAAAAAACUUAUUUGUUGGAUAACUAAAAACGCGUCAUAUAGCCAGCAGGUAAAUGUUUGCUUAUUCGUGUACGUCACGACAAACCUCGCCCCCUUUCCAAGGGAAAUAAGGAAAAGUAAACAUGCUAAACCGAGAUAGAUCGGGUCCAU